AUGAAUAUAGCUGAUGAUGCAUCCCGUGGCUUAGAUGCUGAUGAAAUUCUUCAUCGUGAUCAAUGGAUUCAUGGUCCAAGUUUCUUAUGGCAAGAGGAGCACAGAUGGCCAGUGAUGCCUGAAAUAUUACAGGUAUCAGAGAGUUCUUUAGAAAUUAAGAACACAGUAGAAUCUUUUGUACAAGUGAAUACAACUGUGUGUGGUAUGGACAGAUUACUGGAGAGAUUCUCAUCAUGGCUGAAACUGAAGAAAGCCACAGCGUGGCUUCUGAGAUUCAAACAGUGGCUGCUUCAGAGAUCAAAGGGAACGGAAUUUACAUCAGCUGUUUAUCAGAAACAUUUGACUGUACAAGAACUGAAGACUGCAGAAGUUCAGCUUGUAAAGUAUUUACAGAGAUGUCAUUUUCAUGAGGAAAUAGAUUGUCGGAAAAGAGGUGAACAAGUAAAGAAAUCUAGUCCACUCUACAAACUUGAUCCAGUCUUGAAUUGUCUUGGUGUUUUGUGUGUUGGAGGUCGUUUGGGUAACGCCCCUAUUCCAGAAGAAUCUAAACACCCUAUGAUCAUUCCAAAGAAUCAUUAUGUUGGAGUUCUCAUAUCAUCUCACUACCAUGAGGUCCUUGGACAUUCAGGGCGAGAACAUGUUUUGUCUCACAUGCGGCAAAAGUUGUGGCUUAUCAAUGCACGUACCACAAUUAACAAGAUACUGCGAAAAUGUGUCCAUUGUCGACGACAUCAAGGUAUUCAGAGCUCACAGCAAAUGGCAACUUUACCCAAGGAAAGGGUAACUCCUCACAAACCGCCAUUUACUUAUGUUGGGGUUGAUUGUUUUGGCCCAUUUCUUGUAAAAAGGGGCAGAAGUUUGGUAAAGCGAUAUGGAUGUUUGUUCACAUGCCUGACAGUGAGAGCAAUACACAUUGAGAAACUUGAUUCUAUGGAAACAGAUUCCUUCAUCAAUGCCUUGACAAGAUUUGAGGCACGUCGAGGAAAACCAGAGAUUAUUAGAUCAGAUAAUGGGACAAACUUCAAAGGGGCAAAUCAAGAACUUAAACAAGCUAUUCGGGAGUUGGAUCAAAGUAAGAUCUACAAUUCUAUGCUGGAUAGAGACAUACAGUGGAUCUUCAAUCCACCAACCGCCUCGCACAUGGGGGGGGUGCGUGGGAAAGGCAGAUUCGCACGGUGCGCAAAGUUCUGUCUGCUCUACUUAGCAAACAGAAUGGCCUCAGUGAUGAAGGUCUCAAUACAUUAUUUUGUGAAGCUGAAUCUGUCAUCAAUAGCCGGCCAAUAA